AUGAACGGCCACACACCCAUCGUCCCAGAUUUCGUCCCCUCUGAACCACCGUUGACACAUCUCCCACCACCCUUCACCCAAUGGGACGACAUCGCGGCGAGCCUGCCCACCCUUCUCUCGUCCCAAGACUCCACCCUGCACGCCGAAAUCACCACCCUCCCGCUCCUCUCCACGGCCAGCCUCACCACAAUCCCACAGCUCCACCGCGCAUACGUCGUCCUCGGCUUCCUGAUACACGCUUAUGUCUGGUGCGAUCGUGCCGUCGGAGACACCAGUGGAGCAAGGAUCCCGCAGCAGCUCGCGCAGCCGUAUACUGAUGUGUGCAGGCGACUGGGGCUGGAGGGGAGGGAGACGUUGGCUUAUGCGGGGCUGUGUAGUUGGAAUUGGGGGUUCAAGGAUGGUGCUGGUGGGAUUGGCGAAGGGAAUUGGGAGCUGGAGAAGAUGGAUUGCCUCGUGAGUUUCACUGGGACGAGGGACGAGGCAGUAUUCUACCUUGUGCCGGUGAUGGUCGAAAGGGAAGUUCAGGGGCUGGUUGGGCAUUUGGUUGAGGUUCUGGAAAUAAUCCAGCCCGUAAAUGGUGAGAGCGCUGACGGGAAGACGGUCGGAAACGUGACCCAACUCCUAACCGAGCUUGGAAAGCGACUGAUCAAGAUGCAAGCUCACAUGAAACUCCUCCACCAACACUGCGACCCCGCCAUCUUCUACAACCAAGUCCGGAAGUACUUCGCCGGUGGCAAAGGCAGCAAGGGCUGGAUCUUCGAACUUGCCGACGGCUCGGAGGUCGCGCGCUGGUGCGUUGGUGGUAGUGCGGCACAAAGCGCUACGUUUCCCUUUCUGGAUGCUGUUCUUGGGGUCAAGCAUGACAAGAUGGGUGGAGAGGUAAGUGUGUUUGGGGAGAUGCGCGAGUACAUGCCUGGUGAGCAGCGCGAGUUCCUCAGCUCUGUGGAGGGGAGGGCCUCCAUUGGGGACUUCGUUCGUCGCAUUGGCGGCGAUGAACCUGCUUUGCUAGGGGCAUAUAAUGCUGUGCUGGAGGAGCUGGCUAGGUGGCGGUCUAAGCAUAUUGGGGUCGUGACGACGCAUAUUGUCAGUCAAGCGAGGAAGGAGAAGAAGGAAGAGGUCAAGGCGGAGGAAGUGACGGAUGGUCUGAGUGUGCGGGAUGAGGGAGAUUUGCAGGGUACGGGUGGGAGUGCGUUGAUACCGUUUUUGAAAGGGGCCACUCAGGAUACGGAGCGGGCCAGGAAGUGA